AGCAUGGUCCUGUUUUUAAAGCGUCGGCAGCUAUUAAUGAAGCAUUUAUUUGACUUUUACAAUCAGCUGUUCAGAUAAAUCAGCUUACGAUAGCUGAGUUGCUAAUAUAGCAUCAGCAAGUGUCAGACUUAAUGAAAUGGUAACAAUGGUGUUGGAUAGCCGACUUGCUAAUGUAGCUUCAGCAAGACAGUCAGUCUUAAUAAAAACGAAGCAAUUCUCCAAUUCAAAAGAAUGAAAGGAGAGACGUGCUCUAUUGUUGUAGCUAAAUGAUGAUGAGUAGUAAGAUGGAUAGUGGGGAGGCUCCUGCUCAGCGGCCAGUCACAUUGGACAUCACAGUGGAAGAUUUAACCAAGGAGGCCUCAGAACCUCCACAGCCAACUACCUGUCAGCCCCCUUCCACAGACAACUUUGUUUCGCAGGAAGACAGCAUCGACCUUGGUGGCGACUUUGCCACUCCCCAGGAGGACAGCAGUGCUACACCUUCAGAGAGCCCGAUGGAUAAGCUCAAUGACCAGAUGAUGGAGAGCGUCAUGAUCUCUGACUCCCCUAAUAACAGUGAAGAGGACGAUGUAGCCCCUAUUGAGUCCUUUCUGGAUGGAGGAGAGGAGAAGGAGGAGAAUGUACUCGAGCUUUCAGCCAACAAAGAGGAAAAAAUUGCAAUUGGACAGAACACAACUGAGAUUAAAGUUUCAGUGGAGGAACAGGAGAAUGGUGGUCCUGAAGAAAAAGUAGAAGAGGACUUACAGAAGCAGACAGACGCACAAGAGCAAGUGACAUCCUGUGUUUCACCUCACGGUGAAAAACCGAGUCCAUCGUAUUUUAAAAGUGAGGAUGCAGAACCACAAGAAGCUAAAGGGACGAGCCCAAAAGAUGAGCCUGUGCCAGUAUGCACUAUAUUCAGCCAUGGUACCCAGCCAAAGUCUCUGGUGCCUGAUGGCUUCCAGCCAACCCUCAUUAAAUCCCCCAGCUUUAGCAUGGGAAGUGGUGGGGGAAGUGCUGAGGCAAUGACUCCCAGCAAGUUGACCCCCCCCCUCGUGUGCCAGCCGAGCCCCAGCCUCAGUAAAUUCUUCACUGACAAUGGACAGGCCAAUCCAGCCUCUGACUUCUUUGAUUCCUUUACAGUACCAUCCUCCUUCAUCUCUGUUUCAAACCCAAAUGCUCAGACCCCUCAUAGCCCAAGUCCAGCUUCCAUAGCCCCCACACCUAAAUGCCAGCUCUCCUCCUCCUCCUCCACCAUCUCCCCCCCUGGAGGACUUCUGGACUCUGGUACCCCCACCACUAGUUCAGUGUGUGGCCCCACCCCUAAUGAAUCCACCACCAAGACCCAGCCUCCUCCAACCCAAGCAGUCCUAGCUCCAACUCAAGCUUCUACCCAAACCACUCAGCCGCAGCCUUUUAGCCAGCUCCAGGCUGUGUUCUUGGGCAGUGAUGAUCCAUUUGCUACAGCGCUGAGCCUGAGUGAGGUGGACAGGCGCCAUGAUGCCUGGCUGCCAUCUGAGGAGACCAGGAAGGUGUUGAUCUCUGUGUCUACCCAGCAGUACAACCCUGCCUAUGUAGAGAGCAUCAGACUCACCAUGCCUGGACUAAAGUUUGACAACCUGCAGGGCGAUGCUGUAAAGGACCUAAUGCUUCGUUUCCUGGGAGAACAGGCAGCAAUGAAGCGCCAGGUCCUCACUGCCAACUCUGUAGAACAGUCCUUCACAGGCCUCAAACAGCUCAUCAGCAGUAAGAACUGGCGGGCUGCGGUAGACCUGACAGGCCGGCUGCUGACAGCUCAUGGUCAGGGAUAUGGAAAGGCUGGCCAACCAACAUCCCACACCACCGAAUCACUGCAGCUCUGGUUUGUGCGCCUGGCCCUCCAGACCAAACUGAACCUCUUCCAAAACGCUGAGCUAGAAUUUGAGCCCUUUGGGAACUUGGACCAACCAGAUCUCUACUAUGAGUACUACCCCGCUGUUUACCCUGGGAGAAGAGGCUCCAUGGUGCCAUUCUCCAUGCGACUGCUGCAUGCAGAGCUUCCCCAGUACCUGGCCAAGCCCCAGGAGGCUCUAGACCGUCUGCACACUCUCAGAACUGUCUGCCUUGCUAUUUUGGAGAAUUUGGAGAGAGGCCUGGCUGAGGAUGGCAGCAUGAUCACCUUAACACAGGAGAAUGGGCAAGUGUCUGCUAAGCUUUGGCGGUCUCGCCUCAGCCGGGUCAUGUACUCCAUGGCCAACUGUCUGCUGCUGAUGAAGGACUAUAUUCUGGCUGUGGAGACCUAUCAUUCCAUCAUCCAGUAUGAACCCCAGCAGAGGGUGCAGCUGCUCAGUGGCAUAGGACGCAUCUUUUUGCAGAUUGGAGACAUUAAAACAGCAGAGAGGUACUUCCAGGAUGUGCAGAAAGCCUGCCAGAGCAUAGGGAGCCAGCCCAGUCACAACACAUGUGUGCUAAUGAACAGGGCCUUUGUCUGCCUCAGUCAGAACAACUACGCUGAAGCACAUACAUCCUUCAUUGAAGUCUUGAAAAUUGACCCGAAAAACCCUGUUGCCAACAACAAUGCAGCAGUGUGCCUGCUAUAUCUAGGCCGACUGAAGGAGUCGCUGGGCCAGCUGGAGGGCCUGGUGCAGCAGGACCCUGCACUCUACCUCCAUGAGAGUGUCCUCUUCAACCUGACUACUAUGUACGAGCUGGAGUCGUCUCGCAGCACCCAGAAAAAGCAGGCUCUGCUGGAGGCGGUAGCUUGCCGAGAGGGGGACAGCUUCAACACACAGUGCCUCAAAUUGGUCUAAGAGACACAAGGAUGAACUGGCAGAUGACUCAGACUAUUUCAUUCUCCUCCAGUGUGACAGGAAGUAAAAACCCCAAUAGUGGAGUGGAGUAGUACUGUAGAAGGUUCUAGUUCCAAUCAGCAUGGUGACAGAACAGUGAAUGUUUGGUGCUUUGUUGGUUUCCCAUAAGCAAGUUGAUACAUCAUCUUUCAGAAACUGAUUUUAUUCUUACAAAAUGGAUGUGUGAAACCGAACCUAGGUACACAUUUCUCUGUGUGGUUUUCUGAAGGGUGAGCCAAUAAUGAUUGACACUGGAAAAGGAUCAAUUUCAACAUUCAACAUUUUUGGAAAUUUACUCAUUUGCUUUUCUCACUGUGACUUGUGUCUAACUCUCUGGUGAUCAGAUGGAGACCAAAAGAUGGGUGAUGUCUCAUCAUUUGACUUUUUAAACACACAUUUUACACUAUGAUAUAUGUUUGUUUCUCAACAAGUUAAUACACAGCAUAGGCAUUCAUACUAUCCAACAUAGAGAUGGUGUGUUUACUCACCAGAAACUUUCACUCCUCUGGCAAUUUUCCUCAAGCCAGCUGGGUCUUUGUUUUUGUGAUAAAAGGACAUAGUAUUGUAUAAAUUACUCCUCAUUAUAUCUUUAUGAAUCUACCAUACCAUCAAUGUCAGGCUUCCAAUGCGAGCAACAGGAAUAACAGAAACAGGAUGUCAGGCUCAAUACGGCAUGGAACAUGCAGUGUGGACAAGGUGGCAUUUGGCAUUUACCUUAGCAUAAAAAAAAUGACCUACUCUUGAGGAGACCACUACAGCCUCAUUGUGAGGGUCACAUGACCAACAAUACAUCAUAAGCACUAUCAAAGGCAAGCUAAUCUGCUAGAAUGUUCACUGCCAGCUGUUAUUAAAAUGUUUGCUGUGUCCGAAAUCACUCACUACCCACUACACAGUGGACCAUAUACAGUAGUGAUUUCACCAUUUUGAAGUACUGUCCAAUUGUCCAGAUUUAUUAAACCCUAUAUAGUUGACUCAAAGUAUCCCACAAUGCAUUGUAGAAAGUAGUAUACAACCGAUGGUCACUAAUCAAGCAUUAAAUACCAUCAUGCGCUGUGCUGGAGGAGAAAAAAAAUCACUAGAACAUUGUC